AUGGGCCGGGCUGGCACCGGGGCCGGGCGCGCGGCGGCCGCGGCAGGCUCGCUCCUGCUGCUGCUGUGGCUGCUGUUCGCGCGGCCCCUGCCCGCUGCCCCCGGCGACAGUAAGAAGAGCGACCUACGGCUGGUAUCAGAGCUCUUCUCCCAGACACCUCAGAGACUGUCCUUCUACAGCUGGUAUGGCAGUUCCAGGCUCUUCCGCUUCCAGGUGCCCCCAGACACCAUCCUGCUGCGCUGGCUGCUACAGGUGUCCAGAGGCCGGGGCCCCCUGUGCUCGGACAUGGAGAUCACCGUGCAUUUCCGCUAUGGUGCCCCUCCAGUCAUCAACCCUCUGGACACCAGCUUCCCUGAUAACACCUCGGUGCCCGCCUCAUUCCACAUUCAGAUGCAGCUCCAAACCAUGCUGCAAAUCAACUCCUCCAUCAACAUUUCCCACCCUGCCCCCGGAGAUUGGUUCCUGGCUGCACACCUGCCCCCUUCCCCCGAGAAGAUCCAGGUGAAGGGCUUCAUCCCCUCCUGUGCCUACAUCCUCCAACCGGAUAUGCUGGUCCUGCGGGCUGUCGAGGUCUCAGUGCUGGAGCCCGAAGUCCCCCUCCCACAGACCCUCUUUCUUUCCCGCCCCAGCUACCUCAAGAUCUUCAUCCCCGAGUUCACACGGGAACUGGUGCUGGAGCUACAGAACUGUGUGAGCAACGGGAGUCUGGCUUGUCCUGUGCGUCUGUCUGUGGGCUCCGUCACUCUUCCCAAUGACUUCCAGAGGGUGCUUACCUGUGAUGGCCAAUCCCAGGCCUGCCGCCUACUGCUGCACUCCCCACCCUGGGACCGCUGGUUGCAGGUGACAGCUGAGAGCCUGGUAGGGCCAAAAGUCCCUGUUACCUUCAGCAUCAUAGCCUCCCUCACAGACUGCAGACCGUGGACAAUGAAUGUCCAACACAUCCUGCAGGGUGGCUUCAACCAGAGCCUCAAUGCCUCGGUUGGCCCCAAAGACCCUGGCCAUAGCCCUUCCUGCCUGGCAAGCUUCCCAGUGCUGCGAGAAGACCUGGAUGUGGUGUCUGUACGCUUUCGUCUCCUGAACAGAGUCUCGGUGCAAGCGCAGCCCAGAAUUCCCUCUGUGUUGCGACUAUACCUCAACACUGGCAUGGACAGUGGGGGCUCCCUCACCAUUUCCCUGCAGACCAACAAGACCAUGGUCAAGAACGGCACUGUGGUGGUGGCCUGUGUGAAUGCUGCCUCCCCUUUCUUGAGCUUUAACACGUCAUACAACUGUACCACAGCCUUCUUCCAGGGCUACCCCCUGACCCUGAGUGCCACCGCCUGGCAGGCUAACAUCAUCAUUCCCUUCCCGGAAACAGACAACUGGUACCUGUCAUUGCAGCUUAUGUGCCCUGAGAACCCUGAGGAGUGUGAGCAGAUCCAGGCACAUGUGGAAACCAGCGUAUACCUGGUACCCUGUGUAGAUGACUGUGGGCCAUAUGGCCAGUGCCUCCUACUGCGCAGGCAUGGCUACCUGUAUGCGGGCUGCAGCUGCAAAGCAGGCUGGCGUGGCUGGAGCUGCACAGAUAACAGUACAGCCCAGACAUUGUCCCAGCAGACCUGGGCCACCCUGCUGCUCACCCUCAGCAACCUAGUCUUCCUGGCCCCCAUCACUGUCUCCCUCCAGCGUGCCUUCCUGGUGGAGGCCUCUGUCUACACCUACACCAUGUUCUUCUCCACGUUCUACCACGCCUGUGACCAGCCGGGCAAGGCUGUACUGUGCAUCCUCAACUACGAUACGCUGCAGUACUGUGACUUCCUGGGCUCCGUGGUCUCUAUCUGGGUCACCCUCUUGUGCAUGGCACGACUUAAGGCAAUCCUCAAAUACGUCCUGUUUCUCCUGGGCACCCUGGUCAUUGCCAUGUCCCUGCAGCUGGACCGCAGGGGUGCCUGGAACAUGUUGGGGCCCUGCCUUUUCGCCUUUGUGAUCAUGGUCUCCAUGUGGGUGUACCGUUGUGGGCACCGCCGCCACUGCUACCCCUCCUCCUGGCAACGCUGGACAUUCUUCCUGCUGCCUGGCAUCUCCUUGGCGGCCAUGGCCAUGACCAUCUACAUCUUCAUGAUGACCAUGGACAACUACUACUACACCCACAGCAUCUGGCACAUGCUGGUGGCUGGGAGCGCAGCCUUCCUGCUGCCCCCGGCUGAUGAGCACACGGAGCCCCUGGCCUGCGUACAGAGGUUGCCCUGUCAUUACCAGAUCUGCAGGAGUGACCGAGAGGAGCUGUACGCCGUGACGUGA